CCUUAACCUUUGGAACUUUCACUCCAACUGGUGGGAAUUGGAGGUUGAUAGGAGCAUUACUCUAUGACUGAGGUUCUUCUCUUUCCUUUCGGCUUUCAAACCCGGCAUUGUCUGGAUCGUAAUCGGAGAGUCCAUGAAGUAGGGCCGCAUGUCUCCCAGAGCUCUGCCAGUGGCUCAAGAGAAACCCUAGUGUACCCAGUUGGUACACAAAGAACAUCUGGUUCCUACUAAUAUUUCAAAGCGAUCAGCAGGAGACGUUGCUGGAUCAAUCUGCCCCUUCAUGUGGCAGCGCCAUUCGUUCUGGGACAUCUUCCGGGUUCAAAGCCAGAGCAGCAGCUCCUCUCCAUCGACGAGCUCCCUCUCGGGCUGUUUGGUUCUUCUCCAUUUUGCCGAUCUUAAUCGAAAUCUGAGCUCAGAAGGCUACAUGUAGGCUAUCAGAGCCUCGAAACGCUCACAUUGAAUAUUAAAAUUACUGUUUAAACUGACGCACAAGUUCCACACACAUACAAAAAUGUCCGCUUCGAAUCGGAAGCGUGGGCAUGGAUCCAACUCCUUGGAGCCAAAUGCCAAACGUUCCCGUGUUCAGCUGGAGGAAGCUCCUCGUCAGCUGAUGAGCCUGCCGCGCGAGCUGCUGGAGCGCAUCGUCUCCAAGGUUGCCCUGCCUCACAACCUUAUAAGGACAUCGGAGAGUCUGAGGGACGUGUACACCGACUACAUAAUGAACUGCCACCGGUGCUUCGUGCAUUCCCAUCGGCAGCAGCCCCAGGAGGGCUUUCGAGAGCCCGUCGUUAGGGCCGUCUUGAAGGUGCUGUCCGAGGCCACAGAUUACUUCAUCCGGUGCGGCUAUGGGCCACAUUUUGGAUAUAACUUGGCGGCCCUCCAUGCCCGGAUAUCUGCAUCCACUAAUAUGAGCACCAUGAACGUUCACUUGAAUCGAUUCCUUUGCAUGUUUCUGCUCAGUCUGGAGCGGCCCUUGGUCAGCCUCAGGGAAGGCAGUGCACCAGCAGCUGCCGGGAAUCAAGUACAGCAUCGCCGCCUCCUUCUAACGAUGACUCUACUCAAUCUCCUGAGACAAUUUCGUUUCUUCAGGAUCCUCAGUUCUGACAUGAAACUCCUGCACUGGCAGCUAAAGGUCGAGGUAGAUGGCAUAUUUCUUGGCGUACUGGACCAGCUUCGGGGGAAACCCAGCCUUCUGGGCCUCAAUCAGCACAUCCAUAUCGUGGGACUCAUUACGGAGAUGCUUCUGCAUGACCAGCUGGGUAUAAAUUUUGUGUGCAACAAAACCAUCCACGGACGUACCCUUCAGUACGGCCUGAAUUUGAACUGCAGACGAAACCUUCGCUUGAUCUUGAUGUUCACUGUCCUAGCCCCGAAAAACUGCAUUCUUCUGCUGCAGAAGGCCAUUGCCGGAGAGCUCGAUCUGACGGAUCCCAUACACAUGCCACCCAACUCGGCGUUCAGUGUCCGCCUCGAGAUGUCUAGCAAGCUAAGACGCUCGGAUAGCAGAAGCAUUAUUGUCAUGCAGCUGGCCAAGCUGGACUAAUGAGCCGCUCAUUGUACGGUGGACAAACGAAAUUGUCAUGUUAUAUAAUAUUUGUUUUAUUUGAUCCUCGCGCUAGAUGCACGGAGGCCAAAGCCCUAAUUCCGUUCGUGGUUUUCCCAAACAUAAAUCGAAAGA